AUGAGCUCUUCAAGAGCCUUUCAAUGGGCCAGGGACUUCUACAACCACCCCGCUGGCCCUAAGACUGUCUUCUUCUGGGCUCCUACUUUUAAGUGGAGCCUUGGACUAGCCAACAUCGCUGACUACAAUCGGCCUCCAGAAAAGGUUUCAUACCCGCAACAAUCGGCAGCCGCGGUGACCGGCCUCAUCUUCAUGAAGUACAGUGUCGACAUUGUCCCCGUCAACUGGAAUCUCUUCAGCGUCAACGCUUUCCUCUCCGCAACCGCCAUGUGGCAGCUUGCACGAAAGCUCCACCAAGAUUACGUAGUGAAUGCUCCGCCAAAGCCUGAGGCCAUCACGGAGAAGUGA